GUUUUGUGCUGAGCGGAGGAAGAGGGCUGAGUGGGUGAAUGAAUGAAUGAGUGAGUGAGUGUUUGUAUGUGUGAGGGAGGCUGGAGCGCUUUAUUUUGGGAAUAUUUGUAACCGGGGACGAGAGAGGAGGACAGUGCGCGUCGUCCAGUACCAACCCCGCGGGUCUGCGCACACAGAGAGAGAGAGAGAGAGAGAGAGAGAGGGCGCGAAGGAACAGCGGGCUUUUUCAACAUGGAGCCGGGUAGUGGAGACAGAGCAGGCGGUAGCAGGCCCGAGGCUAACCUUCCUUAAGUUUGGCUAGCAUAGCCUUUAGAUUCAGCUCCGUUAGCUAACGCUAGACUUAACUCCUAUUGAUAAGCAUCGCUGAGCUUACGGUACAAACCCAGCCGCCCCCAGUUUGUCUCUAAAACAAUUUUUGCUGGUCUGUUCUGCUACUUUUGUUCAUUUCAAGCUUUUCCAACUUCCCGUUUGUUACAGUGGGCUUCAAGUUUUGCGUUGAAGUGUUUUUGACUAACACAACCUCCGCACUCUUUAUGUACCGCGGGGCUACUUGUCAUUUUGUGUGGGCUUUUCUGGGCUUGUUUACUGUCGAGAGGAACAGCACUGUUUUACUCAGCUCUGGACUUGGUUGAAGCCUGGUCGGCUUCAGCCUCCACUCAGCUACUUCAAAGCAAUGGGCGAAAAUGACAACAUGGACUAUUUUUACCAGCAAGUUUUGCAAAAGGACGUGAGCCGGCGGCUGCAGGUGGGUCCAGAUCUCAUUGACUACCUGAGCGACCCGCAACGAUCCUGUGACGUGGAGCAGGACAAACCUCGCCUGGAUAAAACUAUCGAAGAGCUAACGGGCUGGGUCAACGCCAGCAAUUUCAAGGUUGCAUUGCUGGGGAUCGAUAUUGUCAGCGCAUUUGUAGAUCGAAUUGGCGAUCACUUCCGAGGUUAUGUAGGCACAGUGCUCCCUGCAUUAGUGGAUCGUCUGGGUGAUGGGAAGGAUCAGGUACGAGAUCAGGCACAGUCGGUCAUUCUAAAGCUGAUGGAACAGGCAGCAACUCCUAUGUACGUUUGGGAGAGGUUAUUCCCCGGCUUUAAACACAAGAACUUCCGCAGCAGAGAGGGACUGUGUCUGUGUCUGGUUGCCACACUUAAUGCGUAUGGCGCCCAGCCACUGAGUCUGAGUAAAUUAGUGCCACAUCUGUGUGUUCUAACAGGAGACCAGAAUCCUCAAGUGCGGGAGGCUUCCGUAACAACUUUAGUUGAGGUGUAUCGGCAUGUGGGAGAGCGAGUAAGGGCAGACCUAAGCAAGAGAGGACUGCCAGCUGCACGGUUGCAGACUAUUUUAAAUCAGUUUGAUGAGGUGCUGAACUCUGGAAAUAUGGCUCUUAGCCUAAGUCAAGAUCGCAGCUUUGAUGACAAUGACUCGGUGGAUGGUAAUCAGCCCUCUUCUGCCCAGGCAGCUUUCAAAGUACCCAAAGUGCCGAAAAAACCUGGAGAUUCAGCCAGCAGUUCCCGGAGACCCAGUGCAACAGGAGCUGCCAAAAUGAGUGUGUCGAAAGAAGGAGCAGGAGCUGUGGACGAGGAGGAUUUUAUCAAAGCAUUCACAGAUGUUCCCACUGUUCAAAUCUACUCCUCGCGUGAUUUGGAGGAUAAUCUGAACAAGAUCCGAGAGAUUCUUUCCGAUGAUAAACAUGACUGGGAUCAGAGAGCCAAUGCAUUAAAGAAGAUCCGAUCUCUUCUGGUGGCUGGAGCAAAAAACCACGACUGUUUUUACCAGCACUUGCGGCUGCUGGACGGCGCAUUUAAACUUUCCGCUAAAGACUUGCGUUCGCAAGUGGUACGAGAGGCCUGCUUUACUGUGGCGCACCUGUCCACAGUUUUGGGGAAUAAGUUUGAUCAUGGAGCAGAGGCUAUUGUCCCUGUGCUGUUCAAUCUUAUUCCCAACUGCGCCAAAGUGAUGGCCACCUCUGGCACAGCAGCUAUCCACAUCAUUAUACGGCAUACUCAUGUGCCACGGCUGAUUCCUCUCAUCACGGGGAACUGCACAUCCAAGUCUGUGGCUGUACGGAGACGCUGUUAUGAAUUCUUGGACAUGCUUCUGCAAGAGUGGCAGACGCAUUCCCUCGAGAGACAUGCAGCAGUUUUGGUGGAGAGCAUAAAGAAAGGAAUUAGAGAUCCUGACUCUGAGGCUCGAGUUGAGGCCAGAAAGGCCUACUGGGGGUUGCGGAAUCAUUUCCCUGCAGAGGCAGAGGCUCUGUAUAACUCAUUAGAAUCAUCCUAUCAGAAAACUCUUCAAUCGUUUUUAAAAAGCUCUGGUAGUGUGGCAUCACUCCCACAGUCUGACCGCUCCUCCUCCAGCUCACAGGAGAGCCUGAAUCGGCCCUUGUCUUCAAAAUGGUCAGCCGCUCCAGGUAGAGUUCCAGCAAGCUCUAAAUCUUCAGGCUCACCGGGUUCACUACAGCGCUCCAGGAGCGAUGUAGAUGUCAAUGCUGCAGCCACUGCUAAGGGCAGACACAGUGGGCAGGCAGGUGGAGCCGGCCGCCUCACCACGGCGCUACCCCCAGGCUCCUAUGCCUCACUAGAUGAUUCCUCUGAUAAGGAUGGGCGACUACGUACCAAGCAGCCGCUGUCUACACCUUCAGCAAUGGGCAGCAGUCAGGUGGACUCGCGUGGCCGCAGCCGAUCAAAGAUGGUAUCUCAGUCCCAGCGUUCCGACGAUUCUGAUUGCACUCCAGGAUCUCAAUCUUCUACCGCUGUUGGUGCGGGCUCUCGGUCUGGUUCCCCGGGUCGCGUGUUGACCAGUACAGCUCUAAGCACUCUCAGUACAGGUGCGCAAAGGGUAAGUGCUGCUCCAGGCUCCCAUCGACGCAGCAGGAUCCCCCGCAGUCAAGGCUGCAGCCGGGACUCCAGCCCCACACGCCUCUCAGUGGCGCCGUCAAACGUCAGCCACGUCUACAAUGGAUCAAAAGGAGCGCGGGGUAGUCGUAUACCGCGGCCUAGCGUGAGUCAGGGCUGCAGUCGUGAGGCCAGUCGAGAGAGCAGCAGAGACACCAGCCCUGUGCGCUCCUUCACGCCGCUUGCUUCGCGGCACUACUCUCGCUCCACUGGUGCCCUUCAUGCUCCAGAUGCCUUUGGUGCAGCAGGUUCAGGUUUGGGGUUGUCUCAGUCCAGCCAUCUUUCAUCCUCUGUCAGCGCCAUGAGAGUCUUGAACACAGGAUCUGAUGUAGAAGAGGCUCUUGCUGAUGCACUGCUGUUAGGAGAUAUACAGAGCAAGCAGAAGAAACCAGCUCGGCGGCGAUAUGAGAAUUACGGCAUGUACUCUGAUGAUGACGCUAACAGUGAUGCAUCAAGCGCGUGCUCAGAACGUUCCUACAGCUCCCGGAACGGCAGUAUUCCCACAUACAUGCGCCAGGCUGAGGACGUAGCUGAAGUGCUCAACCGCUGUGCUUCAACCAACUGGUCUGAGAGAAAAGAGGGGCUGAUGGGACUGCAGACCCUGCUAAAAAACCAGCGGGUGCUUAGUCGGGUUGAGCUCAAGCGGUUGUGUGAGAUUUUCACCAGGAUGUUUGCAGACCCCCACAGCAAGCGUGAGUCCAGAGGCUUCGGCACGGCAGAAUCCGGUAUCAGUUCCGCCUCUUUUAAGGUAUUUAGCAUGUUCCUGGAGACACUGGUGGACUUCAUAUUAGUGCAUAAGGCAGAUCUGCAGGACUGGCUGUUUGUGCUUCUUACCCAGCUGUUGAAAAAGAUGGGUGCCGACCUUCUUGGCUCUGUACAGGCCAAAGUUCAGAAAGCACUUGAUGUCACAAGGGAGUCCUUCCCUAAUGAUCUGCAGUUCACCAUUCUGAUGAGAUUCACCGUAGACCAGACACAAACUCCCAACCUAAAGGUGAAGGUGGCAAUUUUGAAGUACAUAGAGACACUGACGCUACAAAUGGAGCCACAGGACUUUGUCAAUUCCAGCGAAACCAGACUAGCAGUCUCCCGCAUCAUCACAUGGACCACAGAACCAAAGAGCUCAGAUGUUAGAAAGGCAGCACAGUCUGUGUUGAUCGCACUGUUCCAGCUGAAUACUCCAGAGUUUACCAUGCUUCUUGGCGCUCUACCUAAAACCUUCCAGGAUGGAGCCACUAAACUUCUUCAAAAUCAUCUACGGAAUACUGGUGGUGUAGCACCGGCUCAAGUGGGAAGUCCUAUGACACGCCACACGCCAAGAUCACCAGCCAGCUGGUCCAGCCCUCUAACAUCCCCUACAAACACAUCACAAAACACACCUUCACCCAGUGCAUUUGAUUACGACACAGAAAACAUGAACUCUGAGGAGAUCUACAGCUCUCUGCGGGGGGUUAGCCAAGCCAUCCAGAACUUCAGUGUUCGCAGCCAAGAGGACAUGAGUGAACCUCCUCGCAAAAGAGACGGAGACGGAGAAGAAGGUGCUGACACUGCAGAUACUGGUCGGACAGCACUGGAUAACAAAACGUCCCUGCUGAACACCAUGCCCCUUCUCUCCUCCAGUCCCCGCCCCACCAAGGAAUACCAGCCAGACAGCGGUGUGGACCAGUCUGAGGUGGUGGCUGAGCUGCUAAAGGAAUUGUCCAAUCACAGUGAGCGUGUGGAAGAGAGGAAGGCAGCACUGUGUGAGCUCAUGAGGCUAAUUAGGGAAACCCAGUUGCAUGUUUGGGAUGAACACUUUAAAACCAUUCUUCUGCUGCUGCUGGAAACUCUUGGGGAUGGAGAGCAUGUUAUUCGUGCCCUGGCUCUGCGUGUGCUGAAGGAGAUCCUAAACAAGCAGCCCUGGCGCUUUAAGAACUAUGCAGAACUUACUAUAAUGAAAACUUUGGAAGCACACAAGGACCAACACAAAGAGGUGGUCCGGGCAGCAGAAGAGGCAGCAGCCAUGCUGGCCAGCUCCAUAAGCCCAGAGCAGUGCAUUAAGGUGCUAUGUCCCAUUAUUCAGUCUGCAGAUUACCCCAUCAACCUGGCUGCCAUUAAAAUGCUCACCAAAGUGAUUGAGCGGCUGCCCAAGGAAAGUUUGCACCAUAUGCUUCCAGAGAUGGUUCCAGGCCUCAUUCAGGGCUACGACAACUCUGAAAGCAGUGUCCGGAAAGCUUGCGUCUUCUGCCUCGUGGCCAUCUAUGCCAUCAUCGGAGAGGAUCUCAAACCUCACCUUAGCCAGCUGUCUGGCAGCAAGCUGAAACUGUUGAAUCUGUAUAUAAAGCGUGCUCAGAGUGGCUCCAGUGGAAGUGACCAGUCAUCAGAUAUGGGAAGUCAAGUCUUGUAGCUGAGCUUGCAGGACUUCAUGAGGGCAUUGGCCCUAACAGGCUUUUUAACAUGCAUACAAACACUCAGACCGCUACAAAUUUACAGGCUUACAGAAACACAUACACACACAUUUGGACUUUCACUGCUGGACACCCUCCUUCAUUCCCUCCUCUUUUACCAUCCUCUGAACAUCUGAAGCUGACUGAGGUGCAGCGCUGGACUAAUCUCAAACAUUUCCUCUUAAACCGUUUCACUCCGUAAUGUGUAAGCAUGUGUGUCUUAGUGGAAGCUGCAUCUGUGGUGCUGGUGGCGAGUUUUGUCGACCUGGUGAACUGGUAAUAUGUACGAAAGAGAAAUCAGUUAAGAGAAAAGAGAGAGGGGUAAGGAUUUGUGUGCCACAACACAAUGCCCAGAUCGUUUGGUAUCAAAGAGCUUUUGAGGAAACUCAGAUUCACUACUGAAGAAUCUGAUCAUACAUGUCAUUAAUGAUCCUAAUGGCUUCUUGAUUGAUUAUUAACAGUCAUAUCACUUCAUAACACUGAAUGGUUGGUUCAGCUUGCUCUAUUAUAUGGCAUACUUUGCUUGGCUAUAUGCAUGUCAUAAUUAAAAACCAACCUUUUUUUGUCUGGUCACCUGCAAGCCAUUACAGGUCAGGUGAUCCAUUUUCAUGCCCAAGACUGAUGUCACAGUGGCAAAACCAGAUGUGAUUGAUUACACAGGCAAUAUGUAUCUAUGUAUAAUGGAACACGAGUGUUCAAGAAAGUCUUGUUACUCAGAAGCUGCGUCAGUUCUUUUAAGUAGCAUAGUGUCGUUCUACUCAGAUGGGGAAUUUGUAGAAAUGUAUUUACGCAUUUAAAUGGAAAAACUGUUGUGUGUCUUUCUCCUCCCUGUAGUCUCACUUUCUCCCAUGUGAGGAAAUUCUUUCCUCGUUUCCUCAAUGCAUUUCUAAAGCUAUGCUAACAAUUAAAUGAAAAUAAAGAGAAAAUGUACAGAAAGAGAA